AUGGGUUACAAGAAAACCAAGAAGCGACACCAUUGUUCCUACUGCUUUUAUAACACAAAUGUUGCCACAAAUUUUGUCAAUCACAUGAGAACACAUACAGGGGAAAAGCCUUUUUCAUGUACUCAGUGCUCUUACAGUACAACAACAAAAAGUAAUCUCAAGAAACACUUCUUCAGCCACACAAAGGAGAAACCUUUUGCAUGUCCACAUUGUCAGUACCGUGGAAUAUCUAAAAGUCAUUUAAGUAGACACAUGCUUACUCAUUCAGGGGUGAAGAUAGUGGGGCUCAACAAUGACGAUAAGAGGACUGGAGGUAGACGAACCAUUGGAGCUCUGAAGGGCUUCUCCAACACCAAGACUCACCAGUGUUCCUACUGUUCCUACACAACUAGUGUUACCACAAAUCUUAGAAAUCAUAUGCGCACCCACACAGGGGAAAAGCCUUUUUCUUAUUAUCUGUGGCAGUUUAAGCCCACUUGGAAACCAUUAACCUGUGUUGAUCUGGGCGUCUUGGAGAGAAUAAUGCAUGGUUGUGCUGUCGCACUGCUGAUGCCAGGGGGCUACAAAACUGAGUUGUGUUAA